AUGUUGAGCAGUUCGGCGUCCCCAUUGCUUGGUGAAGAAGAUGACUUUGAGACCGCCCUCGCACCGCCCCCGCGGCCGUUGUACUGCCCCGCCCACGGGUUCGGGCCGUGCCCGGCAAGGGACGGCACGGCGCCGCCACUCCCGUCGCCUACUCCACCCGCACCGGCCGUCGACUCCACGCCUCCAACCGUCGACAACGAGAUUCCGGCCGCCGACUCCGCGCCCCCAACGGCAGACGCCGAGCCUCUGGUCACCGACCCCGCUCCACCGGCCGACGACGGCGCCGCACUCGACGACGUCCACCCGGAGGCGAGGCGCCUCCUCCGCAAGUUUGCGGCCGCCAUGGCGGCACACCGCUCCAGUCCUGCCGCCAGCGGGUGGAACCCUGCGUCCCUCGGCCUCUCGUCCUGCAACGAUGGGGGGCCAUCCUUCCCCUAG